UAAUUGACGCUCUCGUCGGUCUCUCUCACAUCGAAACCAGUCUCAGAACAAGGCCUCGUUCCCUUUUUCUGGUCCUCUAAACAAUGGCAGCGGCGUCGGCUUUCUCCAAUUCUCUUAUGUUAUCUCCUUCUCUAAGUUCCCACUCGUCGCCCUCUCAUCGACCCUGCAGCAUUUUGUCCCCGUCACGAUCACAAAUCUCUCUUGGUGGCUUCAGAUCUCUUCCUAGAGCGACCCGAUUGAAGAAGAAGAAUCCAAGCCAUUUCACUACCCAUUGCUCUCUGGACGCUGCAAUAGAUCCAAAGGAAGACAUUCCUAUCGAAUCAAGAUAUGCAGCAUUUCCGACGGUGAUGGAUAUCAACCAGAUUCGUGAAAUUCUGCCUCACCGGUUUCCCUUUCUUUUAGUGGAUAGAGUCAUUGAAUACAAUCCUGGAGUUUCAGUUGUUGCCAUCAAGAAUGUAACAAUAAACGACAACUUCUUUCCUGGCCAUUUUCCUGAAAGGCCAAUAAUGCCUGGUGUUCUCAUGGUGGAGGCAAUGGCACAGGUUGGUGGCUUGGUUAUGCUACAACCAGAAGUUGGAGGUUCUCGUGAGAAUUUCUUCUUUGCCGGUAUUGACAAAGUGCGAUUCCGGAAGCCAGUGAUUGCUGGUGACACCUUAGUUAUGAGAAUGACACUUACCAAGCUGCAGAAACGUUUUGGAAUUGCAAAGAUGGAAGGGAAGGCAUAUGUUGGAGGUGAGGUCGUAUGUGAGGGCGAGUUUUUGAUGGCCACAGGCAGUGGAUGAUUUGCACCCCUUUUUCACCAAUACUUCUGGUUGAUUUCAGGCAGUUAUCUCUAACCCAGAAAUCUCUUUUUAAUCCAAACCUUCUUGGUGUCCUCAUUUGAUUAGAUGUUACUCAGGAGAAUACCAGUUUCUCUGGAAAAUUCAUCACAAUUCACAAGCCCUGGACUUCUUGACAACUUUUUUCCUUCUUCUCAAUGCCCCCAAAUUUGGCACUGAUUGAUUGUAAAAGGGUGGGAUCGGGGUCUUACCUAGCAAAAAAGACAACAAAGCUUGCUAUUUCUUUAGAAGUUGGUCUGUCAUCUUACAUGGGUGAAGCAAUACUAGCUAUGUUUUGAAGAUUUUCUGGGUUUGAUUUUGACUCUCUUUCAUAGUCGAGUUUUCUGUUUCUACAA